AUGAAAUCCUUCAGCCUCCCGAAUUUCAUCAUUAGCAUCGGAAUAUUUCUGCCCGUCGUUCUGGGGGCAAACCUAACUGAACGUAACUCUACGAAGUGGAAUGAAGCAAUCAAAAAGGCUGAAAAUCUUCUAUCUCAACUCAAUCUUACUGAAAAGGCGACAUUCGUGACGGGCAAGCUGUCAAUUGGCGUCGCUCCGUGUAUCGGCAACAUCCUGCCCAUCGAUCAUGCUGACUUCAAGGGCAUUUGCAUGCAAGACGGACCAAAUGGCAUCAACAUCGCAGAUCUCGUCAGUGUUUUCCCAGCGGGACUUACGACCGCCGCUAGUUGGGACAAGGGCUUGAUGCUCGAGAGGGCAAAAGCAAUUGGUGAGGAAUUCAGGGGCAAGGGAAUCAACAUCGCCCUGGGACCUUCUUCAGGCCCACUUGGAAGGCAUGCACUCGGCGGUCGCAACUGGGAGGGCUUUUCAGUGGACCCUUACCUGUCCGGUGUUGCCAUGGAGCAGACUGUCCUCGGAAUCCAGUCGAUGGGCGUUCAGACUUGCUCGAAGCAUUUUCUUGCCAAUGAGCAAGAGCUUCAAAGAACUUACACAAUAGUGGAUGGCAAGCGGGUUGAGGGAAUAUCAUCCAACGUUGGCGAUCGAGUCAUCCGCGAACUCUACGCUUGGCCUUUCUACAACGCAAUCAAAGCUGGCACAACAAGCAUCAUGUGUAGCUAUAACCGCGUUAACGGCAUUUACGUCUGCGAGAACGAAUAUCUCCUGAAAACUGUUCUUCGAGAUGAAAUGGGAUUCGACGGAUAUGUCAUUUCUGACUGGUUUGCAACUCAUUCUGGGGCAAAAUCUAUCAAUGCCGGAUUGGAUCUCAACAUGCCUGGCGCGUACGACGAGUCAACCAUUCAGACGGGCCAAAGCUACUGGGGCACGGCAAACAUCACCGCCAUGAUUGACGAGGGUUUAGUCGAGGAGGCACGAAUUGACGAGAUGGUCCGCAGAAUUCUUACUGGCUACUAUUACAUGGACCAAGACACAAGCGAAUACCCGGAAACCGACUGGUCUCUGAUGUACACUUUUGCGGCUUGGUCAAACGUCCUAGACCUCUUUCCACCUCCGUACCCUGAAUCGCGAGACGUUCGCGAACAACAUGGCGAUCUCAUUCGCAAGAUCGCCGCAGAGUCGACGGUCCUCCUUAAGAACGAAGGCAUCCUUCCACUCAAGAGCCCGAGGAAUAUUGGAGUAUUCGGCAACGAUGCGGCAGACCCUACUGACGGCCUCACCUUCAACCGACAAUUCGAGAUUGGGACACUUGACGUUGGGAGCGGUGCGGCUUCAGGAAGACACACGUACUUGGUGUCACCAUUGGAGGCAAUCAAGGCUCGAGCCAAAGAGACAGGAUCACGAGUUCAGUACAUGCUACGCAAUAGCAUUAUUGCGCAGGGCGACCUUUCGGCUCUCUACCCGAUUCCUGAAGUUUGCUUGGUCUUCCUCAAUUCUUUCUCUGGGGAGACGCGAGACCGAACCAGCUAUGAGCUCGACUGGAACUCAACAGCCGUCGUGGAACAGGUUGCCCGGAGAUGUAACAACACGAUUGUGGUCAGCCAUUCUGUCGGGGUUAAUACGAUGCCUUGGGCAGAUCAUCCGAACGUCAAAGCUAUUCUCGCUGCACACCUUCCGGGUCAGGAGACCGGCAACUCAAUUGUUGAUGUCCUGUGGGGAGAAGUCAACCCGUCUGGGAGGCUGCCAUACUCCAUUCCAUUCAACAGCAGCGAUAUCGACAUCCCUAUCGUCAACCUCACAAAUGCUACAUCGCCUGACGCUUGGCAGUCAGACUUCGAAGAAGGCCUCUUGGUGGACUAUCGCCAUCUUGACGCGAAUGAAAUCGAACCUCGCUAUGCCUUUGGAUUUGGCCUAAGUUACACCACUUUUGAGAUGUCUAAUGAGGUUGACGUGGUGCAAGUUGCCAAGAAUCUUACUGCAGAACCCGAUCCGUCGAAGUCUGUCGUUCCGGGUGGCCGUCCCGAUCUUUGGCAUAGCGUCGUGACAAUCAAGACCACGGUAACCAAUACAGGCCUGAUCACUGGAGGUGUCGUCCCGCAACUCUACGUCUCACUGCCUGCUUCUACUUCACCACCAGGAACACCAGUCCAGGUGCUUCGAGGAUUUGAGAAGCUGGUACUGGCAGCUGGUGAGAGCGGCGAUGUUCUUUUUGAGCUGACGAGACGUGAUGUGAGCUAUUAUGAUGAACUGCGUCGCACGUGGGUCAUUCCGGAGGGCGUUGUCAAGUUUCAUGUCGGAUUUAGCUCCCGAGAUAUCAAGGCGACACUGGAGCAUGUAUUUUUUCAGGAAUAA